CUUGAAGUAUAAUAAUUAAGAUGAUAUCCAAAACCUUCGUUUUCUUAGGAAUCAACAUGCUAGUCAUGACUGCCAUGUCGAGAGUCACUGUUACGAGGCUAGAUAGACACCUUACAUGCUCAAGUCCGCAUACUUGAAGAAGCUGUGUGAACAAUAGCUCUCAGAGAUGGUGAGUUGUGAAUGGGACAGCCAACCCAACUGUUGGAGAAUGAUGCAACUCAGGGGAUACCUCUGGUUAUUGCUCAGACAACAGUAGUUAUGUGUGCUCUAACUCGAAGGACAUUGAUAAUAAUGGAGGCCUCAUACUCUGUCCAACUGAAGCAUCUCAUUGUGGGGAGAGAGAUGUAUUACUCGAAUGGAGUAAAGACUAUGAAAAUAUCACACAAGCUCUUAUUCCGCACUCUUCCCUGUGUGUUUACAGAAUACAUACGACUUCAAGUUUGGUGAAGAGCUUGGAAAUUGAGAUCAAUGACUUCAGUGGCGCAGAUGUUAAACCCUCCUUCUAUACAAUCUUCACAGGGUCAAGAGACAAGAAUAAGUACUCUCACAAAGGAAGCAUGAAGGCAAAUGACAAGAAGAGAGUGGCAUUUUAUGAAGACAGUUGCGUCUACAUUGUUGUAGAACCUUCUUCAGGCUAUAAUAGGCUGAGCAUUGGCGUUAAGGCUAGUACUGCUCAGGUUGUGGAGAGAUCGACGGCUGAAUUUAUUGUGCUUAUUGUGGUUAUUGGGGUUUUGGGUGUGGUGCUACUGAUUGGUGUUGGAUUAUUCUUUGUUCUGAUUGCUGCGGGUUGUUUUAAAUGAAUAAGGAGUGUAAUUUUGUGAUGAAAGAAGAGCGCAGAAGAUAAUACCUCUCCACAGGGCGUGGACCAAGAAAUGGCUCCAGCCAAGCCGUACGCGGCGCACCCUUCCUCUGUGGUGCAUCCUCAGAUAGCAGUGCCAGCACCUCCAGACGCUAAUGGCCCUCAGCCGAUCGAAGGGAACCGAAUGACUCCAGCUGGGUCUAUUCAUACCGCAGAGCACAUCGGCUAAAACCGGAUGGGUUCAGAAUUAU